UCAUUUUAGCCGGUCCCACCAAAGACUAUCGCACACUAUGCCAUGCAACGAUAAGCGCGACGCGGUAUCCGCUUUUCAGAACUUGCACUGUAGCCGACCUGUGUAGCCUCGCACAACGUGAACGACGCAUGAGCCGUGUUUUCGGGACAGCCGCCGGCUCCGCCCCCUGAGCGACGUACCGCCGGUGUUGUGUCGAUCUCAUUGUAGGCUUGUGGCCACCGAGCUUAGUCUUGUGCGAGAACUGACCAUGGCGGGCUCGCUUGGUUCCGUUACAUCCUUCAGGUGCGCGUCAGGCCUGACGCAAGGCGUGGCGGGCGUCGUCCAGUGCUUGUUUGCACUCCUGUUCAAGUUGAGCCAAGAGGAUGGCUUCGAUUUCGGCAUCAACCUCAUGCUGGGCUUAACGAAUAUUCCUCUCGGUUGCGUGAUUACCACAACGUUCACGCAGCGAACGGAAUGCAGUGACCCGCACAAUUAUGUCAGCCUGAAUCGGUUCAGCAUGGCUCUGUUGUGGCAUUCGGCGCUGUUCAACGCCGUGUGUGCGCUGGUCCUCGUUUUGCUGCCGUCGCCGCCGUACAGCCAGCCGGAUCAGAUGCCGCCCACGCGUUUCCAUGGCUACUGGCUUGUCGCCCUCGACUACGUGUCCGUGGCGUCCGUGGUGAUCCCGGUGAUCGUCGUUGCGAUGUCCUUCUGCUGCCUCCUGACACUGACGAGAAGUCCCCUGCGGAACGUGGUGCCCUCUACGGAGUCAGUCCCCUAUGUGCAGGACGGCAAGAGGGAGGACAUCACCCUGCGUCCGUACAAAUGGGUCUACCGCGACACCGACCGUAGCUUGUCGUCUCGCGAACUUCCCCUACACGGCAGGAGGCCGCAGUCCACGAACGACGACAGCAUUCGCUAUCCCCCGCCGAGGCAAGUGUUUACUUUCAAACGCUGCUCGGGGGCGUGCGUCGAAAACUUAUCCCGGCCUGGGCCCUCGCACACCGACGGUGACCGGUCGCGCACCAGCCAAACCAGUGGGUCACGUGUGGGGCGGACCGCCACUGCCGACGCUUCGACCGGAUGCUCCACCGAUGACUUCGACGAGGACUACGUCCUGGACAGCUUCGUCAGCGAUUCGUUUGACGAGAGCGUGUGCGCUGCCGUCGCUGAUCAUCCCCCACAACCCCGCUGCACUGGCGCCAGCCUCGCCAAGAACGCUCGGUGAGCUCCGUUCAUGCACC